UUGAGAUAGGAAAUGUGUUUGUGCUGAGGAUUAUCGAAGACUUACCAUAUAAAUGCAAGCCUCCUUGGCUCAAGUUUAGUUUUUGUUCUUGGCGAUGCUCUUGUUGCUAUUAGUUGGAUGGGUCGUAUCGAGAGUCAAUUCGUCCAUUGAGUUUUGUAUCCGCCAGUCGCUAGCAGCGCUAUUCGCACGACACACCGGCACCAUCGACGAGAGAGUUCCAUCAGUGCAAUCAUCAUCAUAUCUUGAUAUACCAGUGUGUUUCGGCUACAAUUAAGUGCUUAUGUGUGUAUACUCCACUAGUGUAUUCGGCCGCUAUCGAUAGCCGGUGCAGUGGCUGUGGUUGCUGGGCUCUGCUUCAUAGUCGCGCGAAGAGCCCUCCAAGCCUUACUUGUUGGGCACUUGUUCUUGUUGAGCUUCCACUAUCAUACAGUGAGACCCCCAUACAUUUUGUGCUGGUUAUGCAGUUUAUAGUCAUAUCAUAAUAAUAAGCACAUUUUCUUUCCGCGACGCCAAGUGUACCUUUGGUUUGUUAUCCCAAGUGGAUUGAUCCUUUGCUGCGUGUUGUGGAUACGUGUAUAGUCCGGUGACCUUCCCCCGGCAGACACAAAACACACAACACAUCAUGAAUAUGUCGCAUAAUAGCAGCGGCCCGGGUGCGUACGGGAUGCACGGCAUGGGAAGCCAGUUGUCGCACACGGCGCAUCAGUUCUCGGCGGGAUCCUACUGUAACGGCUCAUCGGCCGCCGACUUCUCCACGGGCCAUCAUCCCUAUGCCGAUCAUUCGGCGGUGAUGCGCCCGGUGGCCGGCAGCAGCUGGUAUGGCUCCUCGGUGUCCGCUCCGGAUCCGCGGUUCAUGUCGCGGCUGAUGGCACCCAACCAUAUGGGUAUGGGCAUGAACUCGCUGGCGGGAUUCAGUUCCUGUGGGGUGGGUGUGGGCGGUGGCGGUGUGGACAGUAAGGGCGGUGGAUUGCAUCAGUUUCCCCUCGGGCAGCGACGGAAGCGGCGGGUGUUGUUCUCGCAGCAUCAGGUGCUGGCGUUGGAGCAUCGGUUUAAAACGCAGAAAUACCUCUCCGCGCCCGACCGGGAACUGCUGGCUAACAGCAUCGCGCUGACCCCAACACAGGUGAAGAUAUGGUUUCAAAACCACCGCUAUAAAUGCAAACGCCAAGAAAAGGAAAAGAAGAUGCAGACCACCGCUUCCGACAACAACAGCCAAUCCUCGCAAUCCUCUCCGCGCCGCAUCGCCGUCCCGGUGCUGGUCAAAGACGGCAAACCGACCAACAACACCUCCACCGGCUCCUCGCAGCACACCUACGCCGACGACUCCUCCUAACGACGCCUCCAGUCCCUCACUAUCCCCCGAUCCCAGCGGGCCCGGGGUCAAAUGCGAACCCCCCACCGGGGGACCGCCUGGUGCCGGUGCCCUGAACAAUACCCCCGGUGUCCUCAU